UAGGUAAAAUUCGAAUGAAGUUUAAUAAUUGAAGAGCCUAGAUACAUCUACCCUCAAGUCGACUUCAUCUCUUUUUUGCAGCUUUUUAUUGUAGAUUAAAGGGAAAUAAAAAGUUGGUAGGUUCCGUAUGGGAGAUGCAUGUGCAUGAGAUUAGUUAAACUAAAUGCUUUGGAUUAAUACUUAGUUAAGAGUGGAUAAAACCUAUAGUAUAAAAAGGAGAGAAAGAAGAGAGUAUCGAUGCAUAUCCACGAGAAGCAAAUAUAGGUCGAUAUUCGAUAUAUUGAGAAGUUAGAAUGAAGAGUGUAAGGGAGAGAUCAUCAUCAAGAUUAGUGUUCUUCUUGUUUAGUACUGCUUCUAUUGUGUUGUUUCUUAGCUCAAACUAUGUUAAUGGGUUAAGAGACCUAAAGGAGAGAGAUGGAAGUGAGAUUAGAUCUAUGAGUUCUACUGCGUCUUCGAGUGUUUUGGAAAAGAACUUUUAUACGAAUGUUUCGACCCGUAGAUUUGAACAUGCAUUGGUUCGUGAGAAUGGUAAUGUAGACAAGAGUGGAAACUGCAAACCACGAGGUGGACGCGGCAGCGGAGGAGGUGGUGUUGGAGGUGAAGGCGGAAAAGAAAAUCCCCACAAAAAGAAAAAAAGAAGUGGUGGUGGUGGCGGUGGAGGAGGAGGAGGAGGAGAACGUGGAGGUGGUGGUGGAGGAGGUGGAGGUGGUGGCAGUGGUGGAGGAGGAGGAGGAGGAGGAGGACGUGGUGAAGGAGGUGGUGGUGGAGGAGGAGGACGUGGAGGUGGUGGUGGUGGUGGUGGAGGAGGGGGAGGACGUGGCGGUGGUGGUGGAGGAGGAGGAGGACGUGGAGCUGCUGGUGGUGGUGGUGGUGGUGGAGGAGGAAGUGAUGGGAAGGGCGGAGGAUGGGGCUUUGGAUGGGGAUGGGGAGGUGAUGGACCCGGCCAAAACGGAGGUUAUUGUUGGUAUCCCGGCUGUGCUAAAAAGGUCAACGGGAAGUCAUAACUAAAUCAGACAUACACUAAGGAGCUAUGAUAUGUCUUUACAUGCUUUGUCACAACUACAUACACAAUAUUUCCACUGUUUAGCACCCUUUUUUUUCCUCUGUUGUUGCACUUUUAAAUGGCUUAAGAAAACACCGAUUAAUUUCCUUGUUAAUUUUCGUUGUAUCUCAUGUACUUUGACAGAAAAAAACUAUAAGAAAAUUAUUCCCAUU